AUGACAGAUUAUCAGCCCAAUGCUCAUGUAGAAGUCUGUGUGGAAGAUGUGACCCAGGUGGAUGUGAGAGAUGAUGUGUCUGACUCUGAAGAAAGCAUUUCAAGUAACAAAUCCUGCAGAAAUGAGCGAUCCCUUCAGGAGAAGUUGGAGAUCAUGACCAAUGAAGGGCUGCUGCUUACUGUCAAGGUGUUCCUGGACUGGCUGAGAACAAACACAGACCUCAUCAUUAUGUGUGCUCAGAGCUCUCAGAGCCUGUGGAACAGGCUGUCUGUGCUCCUGAACCUUCUGCCUUCUGCUGCAGACCUGCAGGAAUCAGGGCUGGCCCUGUGUGAUGAAGUCAAGGACAUGCUGAGUGAUGCUGAGCUCCCCGACCUGAAGGCCAACCUGCUGCUCCCUGAGGAUGUGGCCCUGCGCAAUCUGCCCCCUCUGAAAAAUGCACACAAGAGGUUUAACUUUGAGCAGGACAGGCCCAUUUUCUCAGCAGUUGAGGAGUCUGUCGUGCGGAUCUGCUGCAUCCGGAGCUUCGGCCACUUCAUCACCCACCUGCAAGGCAGCAUCCUGCAGUUCAACUCAGAGCUGGGGAUCUUCAUCAGCAUAGCACAGUCAGAGCAGGACAACUUGCUGCACCAGGCCCAGGCCCAGUUUCACAUGGCUGCAGAGGAAGCUCGUCGGAACCGGCUCAUGAGAGACAUGGCUCAGCUUCGACUGCAGCUGGAAGUGUCUCAGCUGGAGGGAAGUCUGCAGCAGCCCAAGGCCCAGUCAGCCAUGUCUCCUUACCUUGUCCCGGACACCCAGGCCCUCUGCCAGCACCUGGCUCUUGUCAAGCAGCUGGCUGCUAGUGGCAGGUUCAUAAUCAUCAUCCCUCGAACAGUUAUCGAUGGCCUAGACUUCCUGAAAAAGGAGAACGCUGGUGCUAGGGACAGCAUUCGAUAUCUGGAGGCAGAAUUUAAAAAGGGAAACAGGUACAUUCGUUGCCAGAAAGAUAUUGGGAAGAGCUUUGAGAGGCAUAAAUUGAAGAGACAAGAUUUAGAUGCCUGGAAUCUCUAUAAAAUCCUGGACAGCUGCAAACAGCUGACAGUGUCCCAGGGCAGCGGAGAGGACGACACCACGGGCAUGGUCACCAUCAUCACGGGCUUCCAGCUGGAGGACCCCAGCUCCUUCUCAGUGCCCAUGCAGUCUGCCAUCCAGGCAGCCACCAAUGCCAGCAUAGAGAUAAAAAACGUUCUGGAGUUCUACAAGCAGUGGAAAGAGAUGGGCUGAUGGUCAGAAAGGCAUCGGGUUGGUGAACCUUUCUCUCCCCCUCUCGCAACGUGCAGCGUCUGAACGAAGGAAACAACAAUCUGGGCGACACUUAGGACAUGAAGAAGCAGCAGCAGCAACAAAAAUACCUACCCAAAUGAAUUAAAAAAACCCAACAAAUCCAAUGUGGGCACGCACACUGACACCCUCCACCUGCAUCCUGAGCAGAGGCUGCACAGCUCUGAUGGCCCAGCUGCUCUGAGAGAGGCCCUGGGUGCGGCCGGGGCAGAGCUCUGCCCUUCUCCUGUCGGCAGAGAUGGGCGAGAGACGGGCAGUCCUUCAGCCCCCUCCUUCCUCCCAAAGCUUGCUUGGCCAGCAGGAGCAGCCUGGUGCUUCAAAGCAUGGACUGAACCUCAGCACAACCAAACCAGUGUGGCAGAAACACUGAGGAGCCCUCCGGCUUGGGAAAGAAGAUCCAAAGAGUGUUUUUGCUCUUGUUUGGCAAUCUGGGGACAGGAAAGUGGAUAGGAUUUCCCCCCCCACACCUCCCCUGCUUUUGAAUUAAUUA